AGCACAGGGGUGUGCAGCUGUGUGUACACAUAGCAAGGUGAGCUGUGAAUAUCCUCCAACCAGAUCAUCUCUUGCAGAACUCUCUGGUCCUGUGCAGCCCAGCAGACCUUUCGCUGCUUGUUUCUAAGCAUGCCUCCAGAGCUUCUGACGAACUGUUUCCUCAUGUGCUGUUUCCUCAAAUGCUCCUGAAAGCAGCUCUCUCCAAGAAGAGGUGAUGGCUAGCAGCAUGGUGGGAAUAAUGGCAAUGAGGACGUGGAUUGAGCCAGUGGUCGCAGGUUCCCAAGUGGCCAGUGCCUUCUACGACACAGCACUGCUGCUGGUAGUGAAGAACUACUACAACCAGACCAACAGCACUGCUCCCUCCCACAUCCUGGAAGAUGCUCAGCAGAAGGCUGUAUCUAAUUUUUAUAUCAUCUACAACCUAGUUCUGGGCUUGAGCCCACUGGUGUCAGCCUAUGGUUUGUCCCAGCUGGGGGACAGGAUACAUCGCAAGAUCCCCAUCUGCUUCCCUCUUUUUGGUUAUUUGGGCUCCAAAACUCUCCUGCUUCUCAUGAUUCUGCUGGGCUGGCCAGUGGAGGUGAUGUAUGGGGCUGCUGCCAUCAAUGGGCUGACAGGAGGCUUCACCACACUUUGGGCAGGCAUCAUGGCUCUGGGAUCCCUGGGGUCCUCUGAAAGCAAGAGGUCUCUGCGGCUCAUCAUUAUUGAACUGGUGUAUGGCCUCGCUGGCUUUCUGGGAAGCAUGGCAUCUGGCUACCUUUUUGUUGCCUUCAGUGACCACUAUCGAGAAGGUACCAUGCUGGUGUGUUGCAGCAUUGUUUGCUACGCCUUCUGUCUCCUCUACAGCAUUUUUGUCCUCACAGUCCCCAAGCCAGCAGCUUCCUGCCCAGCCAAAGCCAAGAGUGCAGAGGAGGUGGGUGGUCAGCUACCAGAAGCAGUGGUAGCAGGGAGCUCCCAGCCUUCAGAGAGCAGCAUCUCCACUCCAGUGUCACCCUCGAAACUCAUCAUCAUCCUACUGUUUGUGGCAGCAAUCCUCUAUGACCUGGCUGUGGUUGGUGCAAUGAACGUACUCCCACUGUUCUUGCUCAGGGAACCUUUAAGUUGGAAUGCUGUGGAGAUUGGCCACGGCAAUGCUGCUGGGUACGUUAUCUUCAUUACCAGUUUCCUAGGGGUACUUGUGUUCUCCAGAUACCUGAGGGAUAUUACCAUGAUCAUGAUCGGAGUAGCAUCGUUCAGCACUGGCAUCCUCAUCAUGGCCUUCGUGCAAUGGACGUUCCUGUUCUACAUUGCACGAGCAGUGAUGCUCUUUGCCCUCAUCCCUUUACCAACCAUCAGGUCCAUGUUGUCCAAGCAUGUUGAAGGAUCAUCCUGUGGUAAGGUGUUUGUCCUGCUGCAGUUGUCUUUAGUCACCACGGGAGUGGUGACAUCUACAGUCUACAACAAGAUCUAUCAAAACACACUGGACUGGUACAGCGGCUUCUGCUUCAUUUUGUCUUUUCUAGUUGGCUGCCUGAGUCUCCUCCCUUUAAGCGUUGUGGCCAUCAAACAACAGUCAACCACUGGCUCCUUUGAGAUUCUGCCCGAGUAACAGAGGCAUCUUCUGGUUGUUAUCAUUAGUCCCUACCAACACAACAGGAUACAUAGCAUUUAUAUUUCCACUUCACAGCAUGUCAUAACCUCUCAGCCACUAAGCUUGCCCAGGAGGAGAUGUUUGCCUUGAUAUUUCUGCAGCACGCACCCCAUCCUGCAGGGUAUGUGUAUUAGCUAUUGCAAACCAGCAGUCCUCAAAGCAUUCUGCUUUGCUAUGCUGGUCAGCAAAACCAAAGAGGCACAAGGAUAUAGGCUAGAAAUGAAAAUGGCAUUUCUAGACAUAUUGUUCAGAGUGGAAGCGGAAAGCAGAGGAUCAGUUUUCCAUUAGUUCCUUCUUGUUUGUUCAUUCAGGGCCGUUCUGUGACUUUGGCUGAUGAAACAGGGCUGCAAGCCACAUGCCAUGUGCACAGGGCCAUCAGCAGGACACACCAGCUCUCCACCUCCUGCAGAUGUUAUCAGCCCAGGCAAUCAAUGUUAUUUACAAGAUCAUUAAAUAAAUAACACCAUAAAAAUACGUAAGAUUAACAGCAUGUUAGUAAUCCCUACAAUAAAACACCCCUGAACAGA